ACAGUGACAAGCGAGCGUCAGAAAAGUUUUCAUUUUCACUUGCUGGCACGGUAAAACUUUUAAUUCAUGUUUUUAAAUAAAUUGUGCAAUACAGCAAUAAUCCCUGAUGAUCACGGAAAGAAGUUUCUUCCACGUAAGCACUUUUUAAAGUGACCUGUUUGUAAAACAGUUGCUUAAUCGACCUUUAUCUACUUGAGUAAAAAGUACGGUUACACGACACACAUAAAUAUUUUAGAAAUCAUUGAAAAUGUCAGCAACCGGAGAUAGUAUACCGAGUCAAAAGUCUGUAUUUUGGGCGUAUGUGUUCUGGUUGUUCGGUGGCAUACUUGGGACUCACCAUUUCUACUUGAGGCGGGAUCGACAUGCGUUUGUUUGGUGGAGCACCCUCGGAGGGUUUGGGGUGGGCUGGCUGGGAGAAGUCUUCAGGAUACCUCGCUACGUUCGAGAUGCCAACGAGGAGCCCGUCUACAUGGCCUGGCUGGUGACCAAGAUGAAGCAGAACAAGAAACCUCCGUUCUCAAUGAACCGGUUCACGGGUAUGCUGAUGGUGGGCUACUCCUGGGCUCAGAUGAUGAUGCUGGCGGUGCCCCCUGAUGAGGUGUGGGGCAUCAACUUCAGAUAUCUCAACUACCUCAUACCAUUUGUGGCCGCUCUGGGCGUGUGGACAGUGGGCAACAUCGGGCGCGAGCAAGGGUCGCUGAAGUGGCCUGUGUUGGCGGCGUACCUGGCCUACCCCGUCCGCUAUUACAUCUUCGACGAGAGCAUCUGGUUCACGGUGAUGGUGCUGGCCUCCGGACUCGCGUUCGACUGGCUGUCCAAGGACUGGAGACGCACACCUAGGAAGAAGCAAGGGGUUGUGAAGCGUCUGGCAGUGCUAGGAGUUUGCGCUUGCCUGUACCUGUCGCUGUGGUGCGGCUACCUGUACUUCCACGGUACAAUCACCGACAGUGAGGGAGACGAAGUGCCGGUCUAUGAGGCCAUCCAUCACUUCUUUACCAGCCCUUGGUGGUUGGAUGUGAAACAGGCCAUGUACGAGACCUACUUGUACGCUCAACACCACGGCUGGUACGAGGUGUGGAAACAGAUCAUAGACCUCUCUGAUCCACACGGCGAACAAAACGCUUACAGGGUCCUCGGCGUGACUCCGGAAGCGACACAACAAGAGAUCACGUCAACAUGGCGUCGACUGUCCCGCGAACACCACCCUGACAAAGUGAAGGACGAAGCUCAGCGCCGCGCCGCACAAGAACGGUUCAUGGAAAUACAGCAGGCCUACGAAAUACUGUCCAACAGCAAACACAAGAGGAACCGAAGGAAUAAGAAGGAUAAUUCUGAGCCUAUCAAGGCUAAUGGCGAUUAGGUUUGAUGUUUUAACCCCCGUAAGUCCGCGCCACCACUAACUCGCAGUACUCAGCGAAACAUCAUAUAC